UUUGCAUAAUCUGUAAGGCAUAAAAAUAAAAACAUUCAAUCUAAGAAAUCUUCAUAAUAUUUUACUUUUUGAAUAGGUGAAAUAAGCACCUUUUUAAAUGAUAUUCUAAUUUUCUGAAAUGUAUAUAUUCAGUAUUUCACUGAAAAUGUCCAAGUAGCUCAGGAACAAGCGGCAGGUGGGUCUUUGAAGUAUGACAGGUGUCUGGUGCGUAAACAGAGAAGUCAGAGUGGAGAAGAUGCAAUGGGGCAACAGGUGGAAGGAGAGAGAGAGGUGGUUUGGGUGGAGUAAAUGGGUUGUAUUUAAGGCGCCGUCGUCCAGAGCCUCCCCAUCAGCCGCUACCGCCUCCUCCGUCUGCACCUCGCCAUCAAGCCAGAGCUUCAUCUUCAUUCAGGAAAACUGACAGGGAGGAAACAGGCCUCACCUCUAGAAUGUCUUUGCCCAACUCGGAGAACGCCUCCACCCUGGAGAAUGCCAUGCAGCUGAUGAUCCAGACCUUCCACAAAUAUUCUGGAAAUGAGGGGGAUAAAUACACGCUGAGCAGGGCCGAACUCAAAGAGCUGCUCACCACGGAGCUCGGCACCUACCUGGGGAAUGCCCAGGACAAAGAGGCUGUGGAUAAGGUCAUGAAAGACCUCGAUUCAAACAACGAUGGAGAGGUCGAUUUCACCGAGUUUGUCAUCUUGGUUGGAGCUCUAACUGUAGCCUGUAACGACUUCUUCCUGGAGUUCAAUGAUAAGGCAGAGAAGAAGUGAGCGGCUCUUACAAAUCUGCUCUUGCAAACACAAAACCCCUACGCUCCUGCGGGGAAAUGGCAACAGACAUCUUGUCACGAAGCUGAAGUGCAAAAACACCCCAAAAACACACUGACCUGAGCUGUAAUAGUUGCUUGUUUGUUUAUUUUAUUCUUUUUUCCUCAUUGUGACUGUAAACGGGAUUAUUUUUUCUCAUUUCAUUUCUUGCGGUCCUUUUUCUUGAAUUACUUUUUGAUACAGCUCCAAGCUAAAUGUUUCUUCCCCUGGAAAUAAACAUUAAUUUAAACCGUGCAUUCUCGGCUCUGUUGUAUUGCAGCACGAAAUAAAAAGGAGAGCAAAUGCAAAUGGACAGCAGGGGGCAGCAUUACUCCCUGGUUUAUCAAAAAAGCAACAGUUUAAAUAUGUUUAUAUACAGAUUUAAGUCAAAUUCCUGUUGUCAUACAAGAAUGUGUGUAGAUCCAAUUGCAGUAAUCAUCAUUGAUGCAUUUUACUCUGUAAUUAUAUAUUUUAACUUUUAUUUUUAUUUUAAUCUUUGCGUUUGAAAUCAUUUUAGAACUGAGAUUUUGAAAACGCUAAUGCAGUACCAACAAAGUGUACAUUAUUAUUAUUAUGAGCAGUCACCUGCUGUGAUUUGAGGGUUGAUUAAAAUAGUUAAAGGCU